AUGGCGCAAAACGAGAAUAUAUCGGUGAAUACGUUUCGUAACUAUUUAAAUAUUUUGAGUGACCACUCAGCUAAAGAGGAAAUUAAGCUGAAAGCAACACAGGAACUAAGCGAACACUUUGAAAUGAUCAUGCAGAGCCCUUCAUAUCCAGCAUUUUUGGAAAAUGCACUCAAAGUGUUUAUGCGAAUUCUUCAAGAAGGCGAACCACAGUUCAUACAAGAGAAUACAAUGCAACAUAUUCGAAAAUUAAUUUUAGAGAUGAUUCACCGCUUACCAAUAACAGAAAAUCUGAGACAGCAUGUAAAAUCAAUAAUAACAAUGAUGCUAAAAAUAUUAAAAACCGAUAAUGAAGAAAAUGUUCUUGUCAGCCUUCGCAUUAUUAUUGAGCUGCAUAAACAUUUUCGACCAUCUUUUAACCCAGAGAUUCAACAUUUUCUGGGGUUCGUUAAGGAAAUUUAUACAAACUUACCAAAUCAUAUCACUUCGAUUUUUGAAACAUCGAAUGAUAUUUGGAUUACAGACUUAAAAGACUUGAAUCUAGAAAUGCUUUUGUCCGAAGCAUAUUCUGUUAAAACAAUUCACGUGGACAAGCCCAUUGAAUCGAAUCAACAAAUUAUUUACAACCUUUUACCGAGAGGAAUCCUGUCCCUAAAAGUUCUGCAAGAGUUACCUAUCAUCGUAGUUUUAAUGUACCAAAUUUACAAAAAUGCCGUGCAUCAAGAGGUCUCUGAAUUUAUACCACUAAUAAUGACAACUAUUAAUUUACAACCAACGGUUCUACAAAGGAACUCAACACAAAAGGAAGUAUUUGUGGACUUUAUUGGAGCACAAAUAAAAACACUCUCCUUUUUAGCAUAUAUUGUUAAAAUAUUUCAGGAUGUUGUCAUCGCAAAUUCCUUAUCUGUUACAAAUGGAAUGUUAAACCUCAUGAGUAAUUGUCCUAAAGAAGCGGCACAUCUACGCAAGGAACUUUUAAUAGCUGCCCGUCAUAUCUUUGCAACAGAUCUACGUCAAAAAUUCAUACCAUCUAUAGAAAAACUAUUUGAUGAAGAUUUGCUUAUUGGUAAAGGUGUGACUUUGGACUCAAUUCGUCCUCUGGCGUAUUCCACGUUGGCGGAUCUCGCACACCAUGUGCGUCAAAGUUUAAAUUUGGAUGUCCUGAUAAAAGCCGUUAAUUUGUUUUCAAAAAAUGUUCACGAUGAAACCCUUGCAGUUGGAAUACAAACAAUGUCAUGUAAACUUUUAUUAAAUCUGGUCGAUUGCCUGCGACAUCACAGUGAAUUGGAGCCACAGAGAUCCAGAAACCUACUCGCUACAUUACUUAAAGUGUUUGUCAAAAAAUUUGAGACCAUAGCAAAAAUUCAUUUGCCUUCAAUCAUCCAAAGAUGCAAAGGCAACUCACAAACGUCCGGAUCAAAUAAUUUGCCAAACACAUGUUCUUUGCCACCCAUUGGUGUUGCUGAUUUGAAAGAAGAUCAGUUCGGCGCCGAACAAACCAAAUCAUCAUCAACUGGCACUCCAUGGGUUUGCUCUGUAAACGUAGCUGAGUUUCGAAGCUUAGUUAAAACGCUGGUCGGAGGUGUAAAAACAAUUACUUGGGGUUUCUUCAACUCAAAGAUUACGGACUCGCAAACACAGGAUAAAUUAUUUAGUCCGGAAAUUUUGUGUACAUAUAUAGACUUGGUCUAUUUCGCUAUGGAGGCCCUAGAUAUAUAUACUAUUAAUGUAAAUCCAAAUCAGCAGCGCACAUCCGGAUUGAUAUCGAGAAAUAAAGAAGAAAAGGAAGUUUUGGAACAUUUUAGCGGAAUUUUCCUUAUGAUGCAUUCGCAAAACUUUCAGGAAAUAUUUGCAACCACAAUUGAUUUUUUGGUUGAAAGAAUUCAUAAGAAUCAAUCCUUGCAAGUGGUAGCAAACUCAUUUUUGGCUAACCCAACUACUUCGCCACUCUUUGCAACAGUUCUGGUGGAAUACUUGCUUGGAAAAAUGGAAGAAAUGGGUUGCAAUGUUGAAAGAUCUAAUCUGUACCUAAGACUUUUUAAACUUGUCUUCGGAAGUGUCAGUCUCUUUCCGGUGGAGAACGAGCAAAUGUUGCGCCCACAUCUUCACAAAAUAGUGAUUCGAUCAAUGGAGCUGGCAUUAAUUUCAGACGAGCCAUACAACUAUUUCUUACUCUUAAGGGCUUUAUUCCGAUCAAUUGGCGGUGGAAGUCACGACCUAUUAUACCAAGAGUUUUUACCCCUGCUUCCCAAUUUGUUGGAAGGAUUGAACCGCCUACAAAGUGGUUUUCACAAACAACAUAUGCGGGACCUGUUUGUGGAGUUAUGUCUAACAGUUCCGGUUCGUCUAUCGUCGUUGCUGCCCUAUUUACCAAUGCUAAUGGAUCCUCUCGUUUCGGCAUUAAAUGGCUCUCCAACGCUUAUAAGCCAGGGACUAAGAACUCUAGAACUUUGCGUUGAUAACCUACAACCGGACUUUCUGUACGACCAUAUUCAGCCAGUUAGAGCGGCUCUAAUGCAAGCGCUGUGGAAGACUUUAAGAAACCAAGACAACGCAGCACUCGUAGCUUUUCGCGUUCUUGGAAAAUUUGGUGGUGGUAACCGAAAGAUGAUGGUUGAGCCGCAGAUUCUGCAUUACGAUCAAAACGAGAAACCACAAAUUUCUAUUGUAACAUAUUUUCAAGAGUACGAUAAACCCAUUGAGUUCCCCGUCGGAGAAGCGAUCGAGUCUGCAUUCAAGGCCCUAAGUUCAAACACAACAGAUCAGUUUUAUAGACGACAAAGCUGGGAAGUUAUUCGUUGUUUUCUGGCUGCAUUCAUUAGUUUAGAUGACGAGAAGCAUACUCUACUAAAACUAUUUACUCAUCCUGACUUCGUCGAGAGCAACGUCGUUAGCUGGCAGAUUUUUCAACAUAAAUUCGAAGAAGCCAGUGUGCGUGGAACUCACCAGACCGCUCUUAUUGGAAUGCUAGUUGCCUCAGCAACUAAAGAUUUACGAGACUCUGUCUGUCCCGUUAUGGCUGCUGUCGUUCGACAUUACACAAUGGUCGCCAUAGCCCAACAGGCAGGACCCUUCCCACAAAUGAGUUAUCAUGCAUCAAAUGGAAUAGAUCCAAUGGUGUUAAUUGACGCUUUGGCGGCCUGCAUGGGACAUGAGGAAAAAGAAUUAUGUAAGCCCGGAAUAGCGUGUAUGGGAAUCAUUCUUGACACUGCCACAAAUAUUAUGGGAAACAAGGAAAGAGCAUGCAAACUACCGCUUAUGCAGUAUCUUGCAGAGAAAAUGACAGCAUUAUGCUAUGACCGGCCGUGGUACUCUAAGGUUGGCGGCUGCCAGGCCAUACAGUUUCUAUGCAAACACAUGUCUCUUCGAGCUCUGUAUCAGCACCUGUUUAAUUUCCUAAAAGCAUUUAUGUUUGUCUUGAUGGACUUGGAGGGAGAUGUUUCGAAUGGAGCCAUCGAUAUAACCAAAAUGUAUAUGAAAAACAUGCUAGAAAUUUGCAUGAGCCCCAUAAACGUAAAUUGUAGAAGCGAUGAACUUGCCGAUUUACAAACUAAGGCCACAUAUGAAGUUAUCCACGAGCUGGUCAGGCAUAUAACUAGCCCCAACUGUAUAGUUCGAGAGGAAUCGAUGGUUUUAUUGAAGCACAUUGCGCAAAUUCAAAACAGGACUGUUUCGGAGGUUAUGGACCCGCACAAGGAAGUUCUGGCAGAUAUAAUACCGCCAAAGAAACAUUUACUUAGACACCAGCCUGCGAACGCACAAAUUGGAUUGAUGGAUGGAAAUACAUUCUGUACCACGCUGGAGCCACGACUUUUUACAAUAGAUUUAACGAAUACGUACCAUAAACUAUUCUUCCAUGAACUGCUAACUCUAAGUGAAGCCGAAGACUCAACAUUGGCGAAACUGGAUUGUUAUAAAAAUGUUCCAAAUUUAGUUCCACUUCGGAAGAGUGCCCUGCGUGCACUGGCCGCCUGCCACUACAUAAAUGAUAUUCAAUACAAGGAAAAAAUUAUAAACAUAAUUUUCAAAGUUAUGGAGAAUGAUAAGUCUGAGCUACAAGAAACCGCUUACCAUUGUAUGAAGCAGUUCAUAACUGGAAUAACUAUUGAUAAAGAGAAGGUUCAAGCUGCUAUGCGACCGUUGCUUUUGAAACUUGGAGACCAUAGAAAUUUGUCAAUUCCGGCAAUAAAACGGCUGUCAUAUUUUACGCAACUGUUUCCACAAAUGUUUAGCGAGAAGUUAAGUGAACAAAUACUGCAGCAUUGUGCUAAUAUAAUUGAAAUUUUCGUUGGCAACUAUAAGUGCACGAAUCAGAACAUUAAUUUCUUUUCAACCUCCAAAGGUGGAGAAUAUGAACAGAAAAUUGUUACGUUGAUUGAAAUGUUUUACCACAUAACAGCAGCGUCACCGAAAUAUAUAGAGAAAUUGUGCCAACUAGUCCUACAAACCGAAAGCAACUUGAUGAUCGAAGCUUCCAGUCCAUACCGGGAGGCAUUACUGAAGUUUCUUCAACGUUUUCCAUCGGAAACAGUUGAUCAGUUUAUGGCUGAUUCGGUUAUAAUUGAUGCCCAAUGGAAUAGAUUCUUCAUAUUUAUUCUAAAACACGAAAAUGGCCAAUCUUUCAGGGCUGUGAUUAAAAAUCAUAAAUACACCAAAUUAUUAAUGUACAUUAAAUGGAACACCGAGAUAAGCAGUCUGCACAAAUACGAAGUCCAGCAUCAAGCAGUUUUAAUAAUUUUCACACUUAUGGAAUUGGAUGAUCAGUGGAUCCCGACACGGCAGGACAUUGUGGAUGCGUUAAAGGAGCUGUGGCAGAAUAGUUUAUACUCGACCUGUGUCGAAAAUGUUUCCUGCGACUUAUGGCAUUUAGUUGGAAAAAUACUGUUGCUCUAUUUCUCAAAUAACACCAACGAUAUUGAUCUAUUGUUUCAACUUUUAAGAGCACUCUGCUUACACUUCAUUCCGGAUGUACAUUUCCUUCGCGACUUUCUACAAAACACCGUGGCGCAAAGUUUUACGGUCAGCUGGAAGAGAAACGCAUUUUUCCAUUUUGUUGAAAAUUUUAACAAUACAGCGCUUACGGAGGAACUAAAGGCUAAAAUAAUUACAGCCGUAUUGAUUCCCUGCUUUACAGUAAGCUUUGAUAAGGGCGAAGGAAAUAAAUUGAUUGGGGCACCACCCACCCCAUAUCAAGAGGAUGAGAAGAAUAUUGUUUCCGUGUUCAUAAACAAAGUUUUUGAUCCCGAUAAGCAAUAUGAUGAUGCAGUAAGGAUCGCUCUUUUGCAGCUCGCAUGCCUCCUCGUCGAACGUGCAUCCCAACACAUACAUGACGGUGAUGCCAAUAAUAAAAGGCAAGGCAACAAGCUCCGCCGUUUAAUGACUUUUGCUUGGCCCUGUCUUUUAAGCAAAAACUCCGUAGAUCCCACGGCCCGUUACCAUGGCCAUUUGUUACUGGCGCAUAUAAUAGCCAGGCUGGCAAUUCACAAGAAAAUAGUUCUACAAGUAUUCCACUCGCUUCUUAAAGGGCAUGCUUUGGAAGCCAGACCCAUUGUUAAGCAGGCGUUGGAUGUUCUAACACCAGCCAUGCCGCUACGCAUGGAAGACGGCAAUACAAUGCUAACCCAUUGGACAAAGAAAAUUAUUGUAGAAGAGGGUCAUGCAAUGCAACAACUAUUCCACAUCCUGCAACUAAUAAUUCGUCAUUACAAGGUGUAUUUCCCGGUUAGGCAUCAACUGGUCCAGCAUCUGAUCAACUACAUGCAACGUCUGGGUUUCCCUCCAAAUGCAUCUAUUGAGCAUAAGAAAUUGGCUGUUGACUUGGCAGAAGUAAUUAUCAAAUGGGAAUUGCAUCGCAUCAAGGAAGAUGAAAGGGAAACAAGAAUUGAUGGACCAGAGGAAGAGUUAACGAGAGAAACACAUCAAAGUACAAGUGGUGGAACCGCGACCAAAACAGAUGACCUGCUUCGGUCUAUUGAGAAAUCACAUUGUGAUACCGUUCUGAACUUUCUGGUUCGCUUAGCAUGUCAAGUGAAUGAUCCCCAGCCAGGAGUAAUAUCGCCCGGUGAAGGCUUGUCCCGCAGGUGUGUUAUGCUUUUGAAAAUGGCAAUGCGACCAGAAAUCUGGCCUCAACCGUUUGACUUAAAACUUAAUUGGUUGGACAAAAUCCUUACAACUGUUGAAACGCCUCAGCAUAAUUUAAACAACAUAUGUACUGGAAUAGACUUUCUAACCUUCCUCACUACAAUUCUGAGUCCGGAACAAUUAGUCGGCAUAGUCCGGCCCGUGCAACGUGGACUUUCUUUAUGUAUAAUACAUCAAAACACGCGGAUCGUUCGAUUGAUGCACAUAUUUCUAACUCGACUUAUGGCCAUAUUUCCACCGGACGCCCAACACAAGCAUGAAGACCUAGAUGUUCUUUAUAGUGCCAUAAGUAAAAUGAUAACAGAUAACCUCACGUUUUAUGAGAAAAGCCCUCAACCAAAUGCAUCAUCACUCUUCGGUACUCUGAUGAUCUUGAAAGCUUGUACUACAAAUAGUCCUUUCUAUAUUGAUCGCAUACUGGUGCAAUUCAUUCGAGUUCUGAAUCGGCUUACAAAAGAUCAUAUAAACACAAAUACAAAUGGUGCCGUAAAUUCCCAACAGGCGGAUUCAAAUUCACUAGCCCUGGAGCUUUUGGUAUUAUCGCUGGAGUUAAUAAAAAACAGAAUUGUCGUUAUGAGUGUGGAAAUCAGAAAACUUUUCAUUGGCACUAUUCUGAUAAGCCUGAUUGAGAAAAGCUCAGACGUCAAAAUUAUAAAAUGCAUAAUAAAAAUGCUCGAUGAUUGGGUAAAAACUAAAGAAUCUAACAUCAUGACCCAAGUACCGUCCAUUCGGGAGAAAUCUUCGCUGUUGGUGAAAUUAAUGCAACAUGUUGAGAAAAAAUUCGCCGAUGACUCAGAAAUAAACAUUCAGUUUUUGGAGAUCAUAAACUACAUAUAUCGGGAUGAAGUACUAAAGCAGACGGAGCUAACUAGCAAGCUGGAGGGUGCUUUCCUCAAUGGGCUUCGUUUCCAAAACCCACACAUUCGAGCAAAAUUCUUCGAGAUUUUAGAUGCAUCGAUGCGGCGUAGACUACAUGACAGAAUUCUGUAUAUAAUUUGCUCGCAAGCGUGGGACACAAUUGGCUCCCAUUAUUGGAUAAAACAAUGCAUUGAGCUUCUUAUUUUAACCGCCAAUACAAUGACUCAAAUUCAAUGUUCAAAUCCAGCCUUCGAAAUUCCUAGUAUUACUUCAGUAAUCCCAACCAACUCCACCGAUGCUCAAGAGAAUACAUUUGUAUCAUUUUUAUCAUCACAAUCCGAAUCGUUCGAGAAUGUUCAAAAUGUUAACGAUAAGGACGAUGUUUUUGAUAUUGACUUAAAGCUUGAGUUUACAGCUGCCCGCAAGGAAGAUUGCCAACAAAUCUUACCAACUAGACGAGAUACCCUAGUAGAACUUAUUUACAAACAAGCAGAGUUCCUAGAGGCAAACAGAAAUAUACGCACUGAUCAGAUGCUUGUUGCCACGUCCCAACUUUGUCACAUGGAUACACAAUUAGCAGAAAGUGUUUGGUUGGCCAUUUUCCCCCGAAUAUGGAAGAUAUUCACAGAUGACCAGCGAUACAAUAUUACUAAAGAAUUGAUACCAUUUUUAUCGUCCGGCACAAAUGUCAAUCAGAAGGAUUGCUACCCCAGUACAAUAAAUACACUUGUGGAGAGCUUAACUCAAUGUUCUCCAUCGAUUUAUAUUCCACCCAACCUAUUAACCUAUUUGGGCAAAUCGCACAAUCUUUGGCAUCGAACAAUUUUAGUUUUAGAGGACUUGGAACAAACAUAUUCUAAGGGAAAUGAUGUCAAUGUUGAAACUUCAGAUGCAAACCAGCCUGAGUUUGAUUCGCAACACCUAAACAAUAUUUACGACUCUCUGGCAAAAAUGUAUUCGGCUAUGCAUGAGGAAGAUCUCUGGGCUGGAUUGUGGCUAAAAUGUGCUCAUUAUUCAGAAACGAAUAUAGCUAUUUCUUAUGAGCAAAUGGGUUUCUUUGAGGAGGCUCAAGGAGCUUACGAUCUCGCAAUGACGAAAUUUAAACAGGACUUAAACAGCGGAUUGGUGAGCUCGGAUAUUAAUAAUGAGCUUCUACUGUGGGAAAACCAUUGGAUGCGGUGUGCCAAAGAGCUCAAUCAGUGGGAUAUUCUACUGGACUAUGCCCAAACAAAUAAAGAAAAGAACAUGUUUCUAAUACUUGAAAGCUCCUGGCGAGUACCAGACUGGAACCUUAUGAAAAACGCAUUAGCAAAAACAGAGCAGUCCUAUUCGAAACACUAUGGUUUCAAACUGAAUCUUUAUAAGGGAUAUUUAUCUAUUCUUCAUCAAGAGGAGAAACAAGCCGCAACGGUGGAGCGUUAUGUUGAGAUAUCAUCAAGUCUAUGUAUAAGAGAGUGGAGACGUCUUCCCAAUAUCGUAUCUCACAUUCAUUUGCCAUACCUUCAAGCGGCCCAACAAAUAAUGGAGCUACACGAAGCCAGUCAGAUCCAUCAAGGGCUGACACAAUCGAGAAAUUCAUCUCUACACGACAUGAAAGCUAUUGUUAAAACAUGGCGUAAUCGAUUGCCAGUAAUUUCCGACGACCUCUCCCAUUGGAGUGAUAUAUUUACAUGGAGGCAACAUCAUUACCAGAUUAUUACCCAACAUCUGGAACAGCAGUCAGAUCAAGGAAGUACCAUGCUUGGGGUGCAUGCUUCGGCGCAAGCUAUAAUAUCCUUCGGAAAAAUUGCGCGCAAACACAAUUUAACUGGAGUUUGUCAGGAGACAUUGUCCAGAAUAUAUACCAUACCAUCUGUUCCCAUUGUAGAUUGCUUUCAGAAAAUUCGUCAACAAGUUAAAUGCUACCUGCAAAUGCCUUCAACAUCUGGUAGAAACGAAAUUAAUGAAGCUCUUGAGGUGAUCGAGUCCACUAAUUUGAAAUACUUCACUGGUGAAAUGAAUGCUGAGUUUUAUGCUUUAAAAGGCCUACUUUUGGGCCAAAUUGGUCGCACGGAAGAAGCUGGAAAAUCCUUUAGUGCAGCAGUUCAACUUCACGAUGGACUGACAAAAGCCUGGGCUAUGUGGGGAGAUUAUAUGGAGCAAAUCUACCUGAAGGAUAAACAAAUAGCCAUUGGUGCUAAUGCAUUGAUCUGUUUCUUGCAUGCUUGUCGAAACCAGAAUGAGAGCAAGACAAGAAAGUAUAUCGCAAAGGUGUUAUGGUUCUUGUCGUACGAUAACUCCACCAAUACACUUAUAAACACUCUCGAGAAAUAUGUGGCCGGUAUUCCACCAUCUUAUUGGUUGCCGUGGAUCCCUCAACUCUUAUGUUGCCUGGAGCAGUUCGAGGGAGAUGUAAUACUUAAUCUUUUAAGUCAAAUUGGACGGCUUUAUCCGCAGGCCGUAUACUUUCCUAUUAGAACUCUAUAUUUAACAUUAAAAAUAGAACAGAGAGAAAAACAUAAAUCUGCCGAACAAGCCGUGAUUGCCGGCAAAUUUUCAUCUAAUUUGGAAAAUAUGGGCUCAAAUUCCGGCAGAACCCAACCCAUCCCUGUUCCAUCUGUAAAUCCAAUUAAAGCCACUCCACCAAUGUGGCGGUGCUCAAAAGUUAUGCAGCUUCAACGAGAAGUACAUCCCACGAUUCUUAGUUCAUUAGAAGGUAUUGUCGAUCAGAUGGUUUGGUUUAGAGAAAGUUGGACCGAAGAAGUACUUCGUCAGCUGCGUCAAGGCCUGAUUAAAUGUUAUGCCAUAGCAUUUGAGAAUCGGGGCACUGUUGUAAACGCCACGAUAACUCCCCAUACCCUGCACUUUGUUAAAAAGUUGGGUUCAACCUUUGGCAUUGGAAUAGAAAAUGUGCCAGGCUCUGUUACAUCAUCUGUAACGAAUUCGGCCGCAUCAGAAUCAAUAGCCCGUCGAGCACAAGUAACAUUCCAAGAUCCUGUUUUCCAAAAAAUGAAGGAACAAUUUACCAGCGACUUCGACUUUUCUAAGCCUGGCGCUAUGAAAUUACACAACUUGAUAUCAAAGUUGAAAACAUGGAUAAAAGUUCUCGAGACGAAAGUGAAAAAGCUUCCAACAUCAUUUUUAAUCGAAGAGAAAUGUAGGUUCUUGUCUAACUUUAGCCAAAAAACAGCUGAUGUGGAACUUCCCGGAGAGUUAUUAAUUCCGUCCUCAUCGCACUAUUAUGUGCGCAUCGCCCGUUUCAUGCCACGUGUUGAAAUAGUUCAAAAAAAUAACACUGCACCUCGUCGGCUAUAUAUCAGGGGGACUAAUGGAAAAAUAUACCCCUAUCUGGUGGUCUUGGAUUCAGGCCUUGGCGAUGCUCGACGUGAGGAGCGUGUCUUACAACUCAAGCGUAUGCUUAAUUAUUAUUUGGAAAAACAAAAAGAGACAAGUCGACGCUUUCUAAAUAUUACGGUGCCACGAGUGGUGCCGAUUUCACCUCAAAUGCGAUUAGCUGAAGAUAAUCCUGACAGUAUAUCGUUGCUAGAAAUAUUUAAGAAAUGUUGCCUGAAAGCAAAGAUGGAGUACGAUAUGCCAAUUGUAAAGUAUUACGAACGACUUUCUGAAGUUCAGGCACAAGGAACACAAACUUCUCAUACCAUUUUGAGAGAAAUUUUCUCUGAAGUUCAGUGGACUAUGGUUCCGAAAACGCUUCUUAAGCAAUGGGCCUUAAAAACAUUUGCUGCUGCAACCGAUUUUUGGCAGUUUAGAAAAAUGUUAACAUUGCAAUUGGCAUUAGCUUACCUGUGUGAACACGCAUUUAAUUUAACCCGUCUUAACGCUGAUAUGAUGUAUCUUCAUCAGGACUCUGGUCUUAUGAAUAUUUCAUAUUUCAAAUUCGACAUUAAUGAAGAUAAGGAUCAACUUGAACAACACAGACCCGUACCUUUUCGGUUAACCCCAAAUAUAGCAGAGUUUAUAACAAGCAUUGGAACUUCCGGACCAUUAUCUGCAGCAAUAGUCGCUACGGCUCGCUGCUUUAUCCAACCAAAUUAUAAACUCAGUUCGAUAUUACAAACCAUUAUCAGAGAUGAGAUAAUCACGUUGAAGAAGAAAGGAAUCAGAGAGAGCAAAUUUAUGGAGUCAGCUGAAGAGCACAACAGCGAUACUAACUCCAUGGAGCACACGGUUAGUGUUGUUAACACAGCUGUGGAUGUGAUAAUGAUGCGACUUAAUAAGAUUUCUUAUUUCGAUAAUAUUGAGACAAAAAAGGUAUCUAUGCUCAUACAGUCGGCUACGAAUGUUGACAACCUUUGUCGCAUGGACCCAGCUUGGCAUCCUUGGUUGUAAGAGAUUAGUUUAGUUUUAUAACAUAUUUAUCAAAUUGAUAUAUAAAUGUGAAUAAACUUAAUAUAUAACUAAAA